GUUCUCUUACAACGUUUCCGAUAGAUUUUGGCAGUUGUCCAUGGCUGAAGACGGCCGGAACGCGGCGGAGCCACAGGCCUCCGACCCAAAUCCGUGCCCGAUUUGUCUUGCACCAGUUACUGAAGAGUCCUACUUGGAUCAAUGUUUCCGUACGCCGCCUCUUUUUUUAGUUUUACACAUAUCUGCGCAGCCAUUGUUAAGAUACAAUUUCAUAGACAAAUUUUGCUACAGCUGCAUUCUGCGUUGGAUAAAAGUGGUUACGAGUAAGCACUCUCAUGCACCUGCUUCAGUAAAGUGUCCUUUAUGUAAGACAGAUAAUUUUUCUAUUAUACGGAACUAUAGUGGAGGUUUUUUUCAACAACAUUCUGUUAAUGAAAACUUGGACAAUAGUGCAUUCUUCACAAAAUCUCACAAGUAUAGAUUGCAGUGCUAUUAUAUUGAUGAAGGGGGCAUAUGUGACAAAUUCAAUGUGUUGCGUUAUUGGAAGUUGCACAAGUACCUUCAGCCUAAUCCUUGGCUUAUAAGUUGGUUGAGAAGAGAAAUCCAGGCUUUGACUCAGGAAGAAGAUGUAGAUAUUAUUGUACAUCAUAUUCUAGGUGUGAUUGAUUCAUUUAGAAGAAAUGAGCAAAAGCAAAUAAUAGUUACUCCUCAAGCAAAGCAAGAAGAGUUCAAGAUCAUGGUAUCUGAAGCAGCAAGGCCUUUCCUAACAGGUCGAACUGAUCGAUUUGUGAAUGAGUUAGAACUAUUUCUAGCUUCAUCUUUGACUGUUGAUGCUUUUGAUAGAGUUUAUAUCCAGCAUUUGGGUUGGAAAAAUUCUGAAAUGGUUGGGGAGGGUACUGAGGUAGGAGAACCAGUUGAGCAUGCCCCUUUGGUUCCCUAUUUGUACUUCUUUGAUGAGGAUUCUGAUGGAAAUGAAUAGAUUUGUUGUCCUCAAAUCUUAAGUUCACCUCAUUUGACAUAUUUUAGCUGGUUCGGGUGCAGUUUGUCAACCAUGGAUUAUAUGCUUGCUAUUUCUCA